UUCAAGGGGCCAGGCUGCAGAGGCUGCAGGGCUGCAUUUCCUUUUCAGGGCAAGGAAGCCUUGAACCAGAAAUCAGAGCUUUUAGGAGUGGUGAGGAGGCCUGGAUGUAGAUGGCGGGCAAGCCCUGCCCUGACGCUGUGACAGUAACCAGCUUCAGGUGACGGCUACGUGCCUGCAUUUCACACCCACCAGCCAGCCUUCUGAGCUCCUUCCUAGAGUGACUCUUCUCCUGAGACCCCCGUGGGCCGCCCCCGUUAGUAAAACGGGACACGACACGGAGAGGCCAGGAGCUUGAGACGAGGCCCUGAGGAUGCCCGGGGCUCUCCCCACACGGGUGGGACAGAAUGGCUGUUGUGAGCUGGGAGUUGGGCAUUUCCCUUCCUCCAGGUCAGUUAGGGGCUGGUAAAUCCCCAGGAGGUUAGACUUUGGUGAACUCGUUUCUCCCCGGGGGCAGGCCUGAUUAAGAACUGAAUGCUCUGGUGUAUUUCAAAAUGGUUCCUUUUUCCCUCCCCUGCUGGAAGCCAGAGUGAGUCCACGAUCCCCACCCCUCGCCCCGCCCAUGCUCACUGUGGAAACAUGGCCAAGCUCCUCCAGGUAAAAUUCACACAAGUGUUGGGGCCCUGACACAGGUACUCCUGGAGCUUCUCUCUCCCAGGCUUGUUCACACUGAGCUUCAGCAAAUCACCAGAGUUCAGAUUUCCCGACCCCAGUGCUGGCCUCUGCGGAAGUUUCUGCUCAGAAAAUAACAGGACCAGCGUUCCACAAACAGCAAAGAUCUUGAAGGUGGUAUUUGAACGACAGAAGUUGGGGAGGCCGGAGAUAAUGGAUGUAGCGCAGCAGGAACACAGUAAGUGUGCUGUAAAGCAGAGCUGUUGUCAUUAUGAUCAUUAGCCCUGGUUAGCUGGCCCAGGGAGAGCAAAGGAGCCGGCUUGUGCUAACCCACUUCCAGCCACCGCCCUCUGGAAAAAGAGAUUGGCUCUGAGGGCAAUGGGGAUAACUACACAGGGGACCUGAGCCACUGUGCCUGGUGGUGAUUCAUUGCCUCCUCUCCAUGAAGCUUCCAGACAACCCCUGCUGAUGGUUGUAAUCAAACCGUCAACUUGGGCUUCCCUCCAGCCACAAAAAAAAAGCCCCUUAUGGCUCAAACAGGUGCUCCUUGGGUUUUAGACCACGAGCAAAUUAACGGACUAAUUCAUCCCCGCUCCUCUAAGAACAAUAUUUCAACGCUGUCGAUAGCCACAAACUCCCCACUGGCAGACAAGACCACCCACUGCUCAAGAGACCCCAGGAGGCAGAUGACAUCCUUUGCCUGUGAUUGUUCAGUGGAGUCCUGGGGUGCCAGACCCAGAGAUGGGACAGUCGGCCUCAAUCAUCCUCAACCCCAUCUCCAGGGUGGGACUUCUCACCUGACAGGCUCAGCCCCAGCCAGUUCAGCCCUUAGCCAUGUCAGCCACUAGCGGGAGCUAGAGACGCAUUCAGAACACACCUGGACAGGGGAUCAACAAAGCCUGGUUCUCGUGAUACGUGAAAACAAAAUGGUUUUAUUUACAUGAAGACAAAAAUGAGUGAGGUCGAAGCCAGCAAUGCGAAGUAUGGCUUGGACUGCGGCUGAAGGAUAACCAUUCCCUGAUCCAAAAUGUCAACAUCCCUGCCCAUCGUGCUCCUAAGAGAGCUGUGUGCCUGUGAGUCAUGAAAGGAUCUUUUCAUUAUUAUUUUUAAAUGUGCAGGAGUCACUGUCUCAGUUAUAUGAGGACACCAUUGAAGUGACGAAUGGACAGGAAGAUAAGAACAAAGCCGAGGUCCUGGCUAGGUACUGAGAGAAAGGAAAGCAUGGGAGGAGGGUGGAGAAACGGAGUAGAAAGGGGGAGAGAGGAAGGAAGAAAAGAGGAAAGAAGGACAGAGAUAAAGUAUUAUCAGGACCCUCUGGAUUAGAAGUGACAAAAUUGGAUUAACAGGAAGUAGGAGGAUACUGAACUCAGGGAAUGGAGAAAUCAAAAGAUGCAUAGGCUUCAGGCAAAGCUGGAUGCAGGAGUGGAAACAAUGUGUCAGCACCCAGCCUCUCCAUCUCUCAAAUCUGCCACAUGUCCAGUAGGCACCAUGGGGCAAUGCUGGCCACGAGCCACUCCAUGGCUCCAUCACCCUGCAGCCCAGGGACCCAGGGAAGGAGAGAAACCCAGCAUCUCUAUCAACCCUUUCAAAAGAUUCCCAUUGGCUUGCUUGGGUCACAUGCUCACCCCUGGGCCAAUCACUGGGUCCUGGAACAAUGGGACACUCUGGUUGGCCAGGUUGGGGCCAACCAGGUUAACAGUCCCACCAGAAACCGGCAGAGAAGAGGAGGGAAGUUCCCAGAAGGAAAGUGUUAGACAAGACAGGAAGGGAAGAGGGGGAAACUAAAAUUUCCUGGACAGUUACUCUGUCCAGUUUAAUCCUCUUCAUAAGCCCGCCGGGUAAGGCAUUUUUACCCCCAUUUUCUUGAUGGGAACAUUAAAGCAGUGUCACACCUCGGCGCUUCAGUUCUGCAGACAUAUCAGGUGGUAGGAUGGGACAGUUGUGGAUGGAUUCAUGAGGCCCCGACGCUCCACCACACUACUCAGGAAUAGUCCUGUUCAUGGGCCCCCGGGCUGCUGGCCAGUCAGGCGGCGUCCUGCGCUCGAAUGCAGCCCUUGGAAUCUUCAAAGGACUUUCGUUACUAAGGAUUCACUCACCAGGAAAAAAUACCUUCUGAGCCCUACCAUAUGCCAGGCACUGUGCUAGGUGCUGGAGACACACAGGUGAGUAAGGGACAGUCCCAGCCCUCGGGGAAAGGCAGGCAAUCUGGAAUGUUGGAAACAAACAUUGGUAAAAAUAUCCUUAAGAGUCAAAUCUGGGAAGGCCUUAACUGUGGGGAACCCUCCAGAAAUUUACUUAAUCCAGGAAGUCAAAUUUUUUGGCUAGCAAAGACUUUACCUCUUUGGGAAUAAAUAUGGGAAGGUGGGGAGGGGGUUCUUUUUUAUGGCUUUGGCUUUCUAGGGUGGAAAUAUUUCUUAACUGCAGCACACAUGUUUCCUGAAUACCUGGACAGCAAUCCUCCAGCCCCUAGAACCACCCUGUCCUUCACCAUCCAGUUUCAAUAACCCAAGGCUCAACAUCACACAUUUCUCUGGUGAAUUCAGUCCUCUCCAGAAUAUUUCUGAGGAUUCUAAGAAAUUGGGAAGGAGGGCUUAUACUUUCUGACAGUCACCUAACCUUUCCUCUUGCUUCUGUCCAGUACCCUUAAUGUCUUUGUCAUCGUUGGGGCCCAUGCACUGCUGCAUUUUGCCCCAAACUUGAACACGGUCUCUUUUUCUUUACCCAGUACACCACCCCACCAAGGCUCAGGCAGAGUUACUGGACAUAAAAUUGCAAAAUGGUUUGGCGUAGGAGGAACAUGACAAAGGCAUACGAUACCGCAAAACGGGAAACAGCUGAAAACCGGAUGUCAGAGGAUACCGGCACACCUUCAAAAUCAAGGGUGUGUUUUGACUGCAGCACGGCUCAAUCAGCUCUCACAUACCAGGUGCUCAGGACCCAUCUACCAUCCCAUGGCUACUUUCCUGCAGUUCCAAGCCCUCCCCUGGAAAACUCAGAAGCUGCUCCUUCAGAAAGCUCUCCUUGCACCCCUCCUGCCCUGAACCACUUCCCCCAGUGCCUCAGUGUGAACCCACUUUCUCUAAUCUAGUGCUGGCCACACACUGGAAUCACUCGAGGAGCUUUAAAACAUCCUGAUGCUGGGACCCUCCCCCUCCCCAGGUUCUGAUUUCAGUGGUCUGCGGUGCAGCCUGAGCAAGGAGAUCACGUUAACUCUCUCCAGCUUCACAUAAUCAUUUGCAAAAAAUAUGGUAAUGACGGGGUGUAACUGGCUUUCAAGGAAACAAAAUGACCUGAGGAUCCCCACUGGCAUCUCAGCUUUCAUUGCACACAGGAACACAGGCACACACGCACGCACACCAAUUUUAGCAUCUGCUCAGAGCAGAAUGAUGCGAGGAUCUUUGCAGCAGGGAUCAGUUUCUUAAGAAACUAAUGGUAGAAGCUUAAAUUACUGAUUUGAGACCUUCUAAAAGGAAAGACUUCUCAAAUGCAUGUUUGAGAUGAAUUGACCUUCCUUAUUCAAGUACACAAGUAACAGCAGUGACCGUUUAAGGACCCACGAUGCUGGUUGUGAACCCGGUCUGUGCCAGCACUGUGCUCAAUCCCUGGGGCCACAGGGUGAAUGAGAGCCUGUGAUCCCUGCCCUCAGGGACUUUCAGUCUAUGGAGGAUACAGAUGCAGGACACAAUUACACCGACAGGACAAACUGUAGAUAAAUCCUUGAUUUUCAACAUCAGGAUCAGCGAUGUGAACCAUCAUGCGCCCCAGUUCCCUGAGAAGGAAUUUAACAUCAGUGUGAAGGAGAACCACGCUGCAGGUAUUCAACCUAUUUUUGAGAUGUUAACAGUGGAUUUGGAUCAAGAAAAUACUCCAAAUUCUCAUGUCCUUUACGUCCUUGUUUCCCAAACACCGUUACUGAGAGAAAGUGCCUUCUGGAUUGACCGUAUUAGUGGAGAAAUACGACCGUCAGGAUGCUUAGAUUACGAGACUGCUCCUCGGCUUGCAUUCCUCAUCAGAGCGGGGGAUUGUGGAGGACCACCGUUGUCAUCCACGGCCAUGGUUCACAUACGUGUGCGAGACGGCUACAACCACGUGCCACGUUCAGCCGCGACUAUAGCGGAUGGCCGAGCCAGCCAGGGCGUGUUAUGUCUUGAGGUCCAAGAUGGUGAUUCGCCCUUUACGUCAGCAUGGAGAGUGAAGUUCAAUAUAUUAAAUGGCAAUGAAGAGGGGCAUUUUGACAUUCUGACUGAUCCUCAGACCAAUGAAGGGAUUUUAAAUGUAAUCAAGCCGCCUUUGGACUGUGAGACUCAGCCAGUGCGGAGCCUGGUCGUGGCCGUGGAGAACAAGGAGCUGCUCUUCUCCUGCGAAGGGGGGCGGCUGCAGAGGCCCCAGGCUGCGGCCAGCACCACCGCGAGUGUGCGGGUGGCCAGCGUCAACGACCCGGCCGCCUUCCUCCCCGGAACCUUCAUCAUCAGUGAAGGCGUCGGUGCUGGGCCUGGGAUUCAGUAUGGUGUCCCGCCACGGACGGGGACGGGGCCCAUGCUGCUCUUCCUGUCAGACACCAACGACGACACGCCCACCCUCCACCCACGGUCUCGAUACCGGGAGGUGGAGUCUGCAGGAGGCAGGCCCCGCCCCAUCGAGGCGGAGGACGGGGCCCAGGAGCCCUACUCCCACCCGUUCACCUUCAGAUUGGACAAUACGUGGGCAAACACAGAAGACACGUGGAGGCUGGCGGAAAAUAAUGGUGAGUCGCUCAGUGGAACUGAUGCUGAGAAGCCUCCGCGUGGGGACUACUUGGUGCCGCUUUUCAUCGGAGACAAACAGGGACUUUCCCGGAAGCAGACUGUCCAUGUGAAGGUCUGUUCCUGUCCCGGUGGAUUCACAUGUGCAGACCCUCCGUCGGGAGCCGGGCUCCUCCAGGGGGUCCUGGCCUCUCUCUGUGCAGCGUUCAUAGCUCUGGCAGCCGCUCUGCUAUUCCUGCUGAGAUGCUAUUUUGUGUCUGGCCAGAGGCAGGGCUGCUCUAUCCCAUGUGAGGAAGGCAUCCAGACCCUGAUCAUGUGGAACGAUGGGAGUGGAGCUGCCCCGUCCAGGAAAGGUCAUUCGUCAGGGAUCAGAUGUCAGCCCUGUCCAUCAACACGGCCGAGGCAGGUGCCAUGCUGGGAGCUAAGGCCUGAUCCACACCUGCCUCCACCCCAGCCCCACCUGCAAAGGCCCUGCGAUUCUGCUCAAGCUCACAUGCCUUCGCCUCCCAGCUCAGGUGUCAGAUGUCCCGGGGCCCACAUUCCAGUCCGUCCACUGCUACCAUUACGACUUUUUGCCACAUGCAGAUGCCACUUGCACUAUGCAUCAGACCAAGUCCACUUCGUGCUGGGGACUCUGUCACUGUGUACCAGGCCCUGUCCUAAGGAAUCAAAAGGUAUUAACUCAGUUCUUGCAUCAGCCCACCAGGGCAGGUGCUAUUAUUUUCCUUAUUAUAAAAUGAGGAAACUCAGGGACAAAGAAAUUAGGUACCUCAUUCAAGACCAGUCUGUAGAAACGUCUGCGACAGUGGGGACAAGGCCCUGCCCACCAUGGCAUUUACCUUCUCUCGCGGCUCCCCUGCAGCAGCUCAGUGGUGCUGACAUCCCCAAGGGAGACCCUGAUUACCCACCUCACGUCUACGCAGAGCAGGGCAAGUGUGAGCGAGUAGAGACCCGCAGUUCUCUCGCCUUCUCCGAACAUGACCUGUGGCCCGACUUGCUGGACUCUUUGGGGCCAAAGGCUGCUCCACUCGAAGAAAUAUAUUCUGAGUCAGGUUUUCGUUUCUUAAAAACUGCAUAUUAUGGUGAACUGGAAUAACUCAUGAAGGGGAAAUCACUAUUCUAGAAUGUUUCUUCCGUACUUCCUUUUUAAAAAAA